CGUCCAGUUUCGAACAACACCAAAAAACAGUUCCGGUGUUUCACACAUACUGGAGCAUACUGUUCUCUGCGGUUCGGAAAAGUAUCCAGUUCGAGAUCCCUUUUUCAAAAUGCUUCGCCGCAGCCAGGCAACCUUUAUGAACGCAAUGACAGCUAGUGACUGGACCAUGUACCCCUUCAGCACAAUGAAUGACGUUGACUUCCAAAAUCUCCUUUCUGUCUACGCCGAUGCUGCCUUCUUUCCGAAACUAGAAAAGCUUGAUUUCAUGCAAGAAGGAUGGCGGUUAGAGCCAGAAGACUUAAAUAAACCCCAGUCAGCACUCACGCUCAAAGGAGUUGUUUAUAAUGAAAUGAAAGGCGUGUUCUCCAAUUCACUGAACCUCUUUGGUCAAGCUGUGGAGAACAAUCUCAUGCCAGUGACCUAUGGU